AUGGUGAACGGCACCGCCGCCGUGUUGGAGCCCACUUUCACCGGCUACGUCGCAACCACUCAAGAUGCUCUCCUUCUCUUCGAGGCAUGCUUAACCGGUGUGUUACAUCAUGUUCCGCGUCGGCCUCAUGAUCGGGAACGGAGUCAUCUCGUACGCAGCGGUAGCGUCUUCAUUUAUGAAGAGAACGCCUCCGGCAUUAAACGAUGGACCGACGGAGUGACCUGGAGUCCGAGUCGCAUUUUGGGCAAUUUCCUCGUCUACCGGGAGCUGGAUAAGCCUUUCCCGCCCGGUGAGAAGAAGCGCGCCAUGAAAAAGGCCACUCGACGACCAGUGCCAUCUGGCCGACCCGGGGAACCUUACCCGCGACACGAUAGCCAAGGCUAUUCUCCGACAUCCCCCAACUCGGGACCCUUCUCAGAGCGUUCAUCCCAUCAAUCGGAGCUCGAACGAGCACUGGUCGGGUCUUUGGUCGAUUCUUACGGCUUCAAGGACUCCGGGUUGGUCAAGAAAACGAUGAGCGUGACGGUUUUGGGUGUGACUCACCAUUUGGUCUCUUACUACAGCGUGGAGGAUGUGCUGCGCGGUGUCCUCAACUCACCCUCGAUGGUGGACUCGCUGCGCUAUAUUCGACCUCGCAACGAACUCACCCAGAAGCAAAGCUUCCGUUCACCGAUCGACGAGCUGGACGGCGCCAACCCCGCGGAAAGCCAAGAGCCUUCUCAUGCCGCCAUGUACGGAUAUCGCCCACAGAUGAUGGCCCCACCAACUUACACCAUGCCAACCCCUUCAAACGACUUCUACAUGCAACCAAGUCCCUACGCCGCCUCACAUCCUCCACAGCAAGGCCCGAUCGCGGGAUAUUCGAUGGGGGCCCCGAUGGCCGCCCAUCCCGCGCCAAACCAAUACUUGCCCAGCCCGGGACCAACCGUCAUUCCCUCAAAGCAAGAAGAGUACCACAACUUCCGCGCGGGUCCCUAUGGCGGCAGCAUGGAUUCGAUCAGUGUACACAGCAUGGCUUCCAUUCCCGGCGGUUCCAUGAACACGGGCCUCUCCAGCUCGCUCAGCGAACGCAACAGAUCCACUUCGGACCACAGCCCGUCCGCCUACCGCAACUCUUCCAUUUCCUCGCGCAGUCAAGCCACGGAUGCCACUUCUCCCAUGGAUUCCUCGACCCCGGGCACCUACUCUCGCGGUAGUUUCAGUAUGGGCCAUAUGGAAAACUCGCACCCUGGACUCGAUCGUAACAUUCCCGGUCUCGAUCCGAGCAUGCCCCGUCGCGAAUCAAACCCCAUCCAUCCGUCCUACUACGCUGCCGACCGCUCCCAGUACUAUGCCCCUGCGCCAUACGCCGCCACACAACCGAUGUCUGCCUGGACGACCACUGCAGGGACGCAGCCACAGAUGGCGCAACCUCAAAUCUAA